AUGAACAGCGAACCAGAGGUGCGGGAGGCGAGCGCCAGCGACCUGCGGGAGGCACGUCCGCUGGCCGCAGCCGUGGGCCGCACGGACGUGCUGCGCAGCAUGGCCAAGGACCCACAGCUCACAGGCUACGUGCUGCUCUGCGGCGGGGUCAUCGUCGGCGUCGCCGUGCUCAGGUCCCAGUUCGACAUAAGCGACCUGACGGAGCGUUACGACCUGCGGCCAGUGUGCGGCAACAGCGCGGAGAGCGGCCGGCACGCGCUGCUGCGGCUGUUGGCGGUGAAUCCGCCUUUCGCCAGUUGGGAGCGCUUCUUCCUGGACGAGCUGCUGCGUUUCAGCAACACCAUCUGUCUGCACUACCUCCUGCUCGCCGACCGCAGGUGCGGCGUGACCGCGCUGCGCGAACUGACGCCGGUGUUGCCGCGGCGGAUGAUCCAGUACUGGCUGCCGUCGCUGCCUUGCGGCCGGCCGCGGGGGCACUUGCUGCGAGUGGCGCCGCCGGCAGCGCUCCUGGUGGCCAGCUCCUCACUCGCAGCGCCGCGCACGGACGUCAACUGUCGCAUCAUCGUCGUCGGCGCUUCACAGGCUGGGCUCGGCUUCAUCCAGCGUCUCAUCUACCAGGAACGAAAAAGCAUAGUGAUCAACGGCCAGUGCGUCGUGCGGUACGACUACCUGUAUCUGUUUUGUGGACGGCAGUUCCAGAAGCCGGAAGUUCACGACCGACUGAAGUAUGUGUACAACGCGGAGGAGUGCCACAGCCUGAUACUGUACAAGAAAUCUCCACAAGGUCCAGCAGAAUACCCUGAUAACGUUUUCGUCGUAAAUACAGAAAAAGAAGCUGCACACUCGCUGAAGACUCUUCAUCGUCUGAUUGGCGACCAGAAAAAAUAUAAUGUUAUUGUUUUUGGACACUCCAUCAAUUCUUUCUGCUGUAUGACUGCACUCUUGGAGUACGGGAUUCCGGGACCUUGCAUAACUUUUAUCGAAUCCUUUCCAGACCACAUGACGGGUUCUACAAACACAAUAUUCAACAAUCCAGAGAUUGAUAACACAGUGAUGUCAAACCUGCGCUCUGAGGGCAUUAGAGUCCACAGCGGCUUUUACUUCCACAGCUGGGUUCUCAGCGAGACCGAACCCAGAGUGCUGAGCGCCACUUUUGUUUCCAUGACCAAGACCAUUUCUCUCGACUGUGUAGCAUUCUUCUACUAUUCCCCGAAAACUAUAAGCAGAACUACAUACAAAGCUUUGCGGCGCGCUUCGCUACCCUUCGAUGGUGGUGUACUGGUGGACGAGCACUUCCGAACGCCUGACCCGUACGUGCUGGCCGCCGGCCCCGUGACACGGUUCUCACCGCAGCUGUGCACGCUGCCGAUGCACCGAUACGACUCGGAGGAGAUCGGCGAACGGGUGGCAGAUGAGCUACUGGUGCGUCUACAGAAUGAGUUUGGCACAGGCGGUGUUGUGGAGGAGCCAGAGAAGCGUGUUGGCCAGCAGUGGUACCGACCCAUGGUUGUUUAUUGCAAGCUACCAGGUGGCGCCUAUUACUUGCGUGUGCGCCAGCCGGGGAUCGACGUACCACUCGAAGCACAGAAAGCACACUGUCCUGAAGAUGAUACCAUAUUCAUCACAGGCAGUUGUACGAAACCACAGGGAUAUUUCAGGAUCCAUUUUGAUCGGUGUGAUAUAGUGAGGAAGAUAACGUGUUAUUCUCAAAAUAAAAUUGAUGCUGAUAAUCUCAUAUGUUUGUAUGGGAAGCAUGAAAGCCUACUUAAUAAUCUUAAGUUUCGGUAUGAACAAGGAGAAAUUUCAGAUUUCUUUGAAUAUUUUAGAGAACCUUGGUGCUACGCUAUUUAUCACGACCGCUUUUCAGAACUCCAAGCUGAAAAUUUGAAAAUCAUUUCUUCUGGAAAGGGACAUCCUGGAGAAACCAUAAUAGAUGAAAUUGGCGCAUACCUUAAAGAAACAAGCUGGAAGAAGAUGCCAGAUGGUAAGCGUGCAGAGCUGGUGUCCCGCUUCUGGACAUCACCACUACGGCGAGAUGUGGAGGGGCGCAUGCUGGCCUUCCUGAGGCAGAACCGUGAUGCGCUGCCAAUGUAUGCUGACCCAGCUACUUUCCGAUCUGAGUAAAUCUUGUAUUCCACACAUUCACAAAACUACUUCACCCCCUCCCAAAUUAAAUAAAUAUAUGUGUAUGAUUAACAGCAG